AUGCAAGGAAUUUCAAUCUUUGAUGAUGAUAAGUCAACCAUAGACAAGAUGUAAAAUUCUUUCAAAAAUCUCCUAUUUGAAAUUAUUUAUUACUUGAUAUCAGGAGAGAACUUUCCACUAUUUCUUUACAUUUUUUUUGUGGUAAUUGAAAGUUUUUAAGUUUUUUACUUUGCAUUUAGUGAUGAUGUAAAUAAAUUGAUAAAAAUUAGUUUCUCUCAUUAUGGAAGGUGAAAUCAUGGUCAGAAUCAUUUUAAUCAUUUUUCGGAUACUUUAUGAUAUCACCAUAUUUAAAGAAUGCCGGAUUUCAAAGUUUUAUCCUUGUACUUUAUAUUGUAAUGGGAUUAUUCUUUCUUUUGAUAGUGCUAAUUAUCUUUAUUGCAAUCAAAGCAUAAACUACAUCAGUUGGUAAAUUAACUGGUCCUUUAGUUGUACUAAAAAUAUUUUUUGAAAUUCUGAAUUAUAUUAUCUUUAUGCCUGCAUUACAUCUAUUUUUAACCAUAUUUUAUUGUGAUACAUCAACAGGUUAUCAUAAAUUUUAUAGUGAUACAUAAUGUUAUACUGGUAACUACUUAUUACAUGCAUUUUUAUCAACAAUUGCUGCUUUAAUACUAAUAUUUGUAAGUGGAUUAGUUACUAUGACAUUUUAUGAAUCAAGAUUUUAACCUAACAAUCCUCUUUGUAAAACUUCUGGAAGAGAUGAUAUGAAAUUUUUAAUUUUCAAAAUAAUUUUAGUAUUAUGCUUUACAUUAUUGAAUGUGAAAGAAUUGAGAAUUUUAGUUGUAAUAAUAAUUACACUCUUUGCAGUAAUUUAAUUCUUUUCAUUUAAUAAAUCAAGUGUUUAUUUGAAUUAUUAUUAUUCAAAAGUUCUGAAUUCUUAACAUGCCAUAAUAAUGUGGACAAUAUGCAUGAUUAUUUUUGGAAUAAUAGUAGAAGAGACUUAUUAUGAAGGAGCACCAUAUUUAUGGGUUUUUGGUAGUCCAUUAUUAUUGCUAAUAGUAAUGUUAAGAAAAGAAUAUAGAUAUGAUAUAAUGAUGAUAGAUUCAAAUAAGUUUGAUUCUUUAAAUUAGGCAAUAUAAUAAUUAUAAUAUUUAACUAAAUUUUUAAAUUAUUAUCAUACUGAUAGAAAUAUAGCAACUCUUUUAGAUGGUUUUGUAGAAUAUCACAGAACUAUUUGUAAAAGAGAAGAUUGUCCUUGUUAGGCUAAAAAUAUGGGUAAUAAGAAAAUUGCAAAAUUUUAGAAGAAUUUCAAAUUACAGAAUUAAGAUGAAGAAAUUAAAGAGUAAUAUGUAGUAUUAGUGCAUAUAAUGGAAAGAAUAUUCACAUUAUCAUUAACAAGAUUUCCUAAUUGUACUGAAUUGAGAAUAGCACAUUCAUUAUUCUUGAUGGAGAAAAUGUAAUCAAAUUAAUAAGCUUUGUAAGAAUUAAUAGCAGCAGAAUAAGAGAAACCAUAUGUAGAUGAAUAAUUUAUUAUAUAUAGAUUAAAGAAGUUAAUUGAAGAAUAAAUGUUUGAGAAUUCAAAAUCCUCAAAAAAUCCAGCAGCAGGAAUUGAUGCUGUUAAUGAACUUACAACUGAAAAUAAUCUUAGAGAGAUAAGAGCUUAAAUAGAGAAAUCAGCAUCUUAGCAUAUAGAAUUUUGGUCUUAAUUAAGUGAAGAUACACCAGAUUUAGGAAAAUUAUAUGAUGUUGGAACUAGAAUGAUGUAUGUAGAUAAAAUGUUAGAAGAUUCAUGGAAAAGAAUAAUUAAAAUGAAUUUAGAUGUUCCACCUAAUUUAAUGAUGAUUUAUUCAAGAUAUUUAGUUGAUAUUUUAUAUGAUAAACAAUCUGCAGAAGAAGUCUUAGAAAGAUUAAAGAAUUUCUAUUCUGUAAAUAUGGAUAGAGGUAAAAUUACAACUAAUAUCAAUGAUUUUCCUAAUGAAUCAACUUCAUUAAUUAGUAUUUCUGCUGAAGACAUUACAUUUGGCAGAAUCAUAGGAUUAAAUAUGUCAGCAUCUAAAAUGUUUGGUUAUUCCAAAAGUGAAUUAAUUAAUAGAAAAGUCAAUAUUUUGAUGCCUAAUGUAUUUGCUCAAUCACAUGAUUAAUUUAUGGAAACUUAUUUAUAAACAUAUGAAAGUAGAAUUAUGAAUAGAGAAAGAAUGAUUAUUGGCAAAUCUAAAAAUGGAUAUAUCUUUCCAUUCUUUAUCUAUGUUAGAUAUGUACCUUCUUUUAUUCAUGGAGCUUAGUUUUUUGGGGCUAUGAGACAAGAAAAAUUGUUUAAAAAUAUAGCUUUUAUGAUUGUGAAUGGAUCAACCUAAGAAAUUGAAAAUAUUUCAGCUACCUUUAUUACAAUGUUUCAUAUUGAUUUAAAUUAUAUUACUAAAAAGAAAACUAAAGUAAGUGAUCUUAUUCCAAACUUUUAAGAAAAUAUUACUGAAUAUCUCAAUAAAACAGGUGCUGAAGCUGAAAUUAAUUUUAAAAAUAGAGAUUAAUCAGUCUAAGGUAAAUUUAAUAUUACUGCAGGGGAAAUCAUGUUCAAAGAUUCAAAAUUAUAAGGUUAUAUAAUAAAGAUUGAAAAUAAUAAAUAAGAGAAAUCUUUUCUUAAUCCUAAUGAGUAAUCUUAAAUAAAAAAGUAAUAAUAAGUAAAGUUUUAUUUUUAAUUUGACUAAGCUUAACAUAUAUUUGUAGGAGAGUAUACUUAAGAUUAAAAUUUUUAGAUGUCAGCUCUUUCAAGUGUUAAAUAAGAUGAAACUUUUGAUUAUUCAUAAAGAGAACCUAUGAAAGAAGACGAAAAAACACCAAGUUCAAAUGUUGGAGAAAAAGAUGAAAAAUUAGAUUUGGCUUUAGGAAUUAGAACAAUGAAAUAUAUUAAUGGAUAAUUAUUUGAUAUAGAGGAUUUUAAAAAUUAGGACUCUGAUGAUGAUGCUGAAGAGAAUGAUUAAAAAAAAGGAGGAACAACUGGAAUGUAAUAAAUAUAAAAAGAAGAUGAAGAAGAAGAAGCUGAAGGAGGUCAUGCUAAUAUAUAUAAAUCUAGAAGAACUUUUGAAUAAUUUUUAUCAGAAAGUCGUAAUGUUAAUUAAAGUAGUAUGAUUUGUUUUAAAUGGAGUGCUGCUAUAUUAAUAAUAUGUUUAGGUAUUUUAGGAUUAUUGGAUUAUGUAUUAACUUAAUAGUUAUUUUAAGAUAUUUAAGAAGGUUAUAUAAUGAUGUAAGAUUCAAAUAUCAGAGUGGCUUUAGGCUAAAGAAUACAAUGGUAAAUAAUGGAAUUGUGUCGAUUAAAUAAAAUAAAUGUUGUUGGUACAGAUGAAAAAGUGAAAACUUAGCUUAUAAAUAUGAAUAAAACAAUAAGUGAUUUGAAGGAUAUUCAAUCAAAAAUAUAGUCAUCCACAGAUGUUAGUGGAAGAUAAGAUGAAUUAAUGACUACUAAUUCUAUAAAAAUGAUUAGUAGAGAUAAUAGUGGAAGCGAGAGUAGUUAAUUAGUUGAUAUAAAUUAAGGAACAUCAUAAAUAAUAUCAAAGGCUUUUGAAAUUAUGAAUUUAAAUAUAGCAGAUUUUGAUCCUGAUUCUGAUACUAUCUUUUUCAUUAGAUACAAUUUAUUGAAUGAUUAUUAUUAAGCUACUCUUGAGAGCGUAGAUCUAUAUACAAAUUAAUUAGUUGAUUUAGCAUAUGAUUCAAAUGUUUUAUUAAUUUUAUUAAUUGUUGCUUGUGUUUUUACUGUAAUUUCAAUACCAUGGAUUGCUUGUGCCUUUAAUUUAGUUUCCUAAAAUUAAGAGGAAAUUAUUAAAUUAUUUUUAGAGAUACCUUUGGCUAAGGUUAAAUAAUUGUUUGUUAAAUGUGAAGCAUUUUCAAAUACUUUACAAAUAGGAGAAGAUGAAGAUGCAAAUCAAGAAAAUGAGUUAUCAUUUGAAGAGAAUGAAGAAGGAGAAGGAGUUGUGGAAGAAUUUGGAAGAAGAAAGAAAAGAAAGAAGUAUAAAUAUGAUUCAAAAGAUAAAAGAAAUUUCUAUAUUAAAUUUAUAAUAUCUAUAGGAUUGUUAAUUGCUUACUUUAUAGCUCAUUACUUAAUUGGAGCAAAUUUAUAAACCUCUAUGCAAGAAUUAAUCUAAGAAAUGAAUGCAACUGCAAUGGCUGUUCCAUCAAUAACAUUUGCAAAUAAUGUGUUUAGAUAAAUGUUAUUAGAUUCUAAAUUUUCUGUGAAAAAUAACUCAUCUAAAAUUAUAUCAACAGAUUUUGUUAAGGAUCUAUAUAACUUGAAUACCAAUAUGCAAAAAGAUCAUUCAUUAAAUUUAGGCUAUCAUAAUACUAUUUAUAAUAAUUAUUUUGAUACAAUAAUGAAAGCUGGAGCUUGUAAUGAAGUCAUUAAAGUUGCAGGAGUCGAUUUAGCUACUUGCUAAGCUUUUGUUAAAGGAAUUGUAGAUGAAUCUCUUGCCUUAGCUCUCUCAAGACAUUUUGAAAAUUUAAGAUAUUUGCUUACUGUUUAUGAUUCUCUUUUAAAUGAUUCUUCAGCUACAACAAUAGCAGGUACUGUUUACAAUUUUACAAAUGAUAUUCAAUAGAAUAAGAUCCUCUCUCUUAUGUAUACAGAUAUUGCUGCAAUAGAAAUAAGUAUGAAUUUAUAAUUAAUUCAUGUAGAUUAAAUGCAAGACAUUUACAUUAGAUCUAUAUUUGAAUAGUUACUUAUAACAUUUAAUGAAAGCUUGCAAAAAGAUCUAGAUACAAAUACUACAACAACUGUGACAAUUUUCAUAGUUUUCUUGGUUCUACUUGUAUUUGUGUAUCUCUUAUUUUGGUGGCCCAUAGCAAAUAAAAUUAAUAAUGAAGUAAAAUUUAAUUUAUAUAUAUUCUAGAUAAGAAGAACUACACUCCUUUUAUCAAUGAUACCUUUAAAUUUAAUUCAGAGAAUAAAAGCUAUUAGAGAAUAUUUGAAUAGAAUUCAUAAGGUAGAUUCUUGA